AUUUCAUAUCAGUUAUUUAGUCGCUGAUUACACUUCCGCGAGAAAGUAGUUUUCUUUUUUUAUCUCGAAACUCGAAACAUGACGGUCACUCUUUUCGUAGACAAUCCAUCCAUCGGGAACACGGCUCCGGCAUCGGAAGUGUUCCCAGAGGACAGUUGCAAACCCAACCAUAACAAUGGACAGCGCCGGUUGAAAUGCGGCAAGCUGAAAACCGUUCAAAUCAUUCUAGGUGUAUUAGUACUAGUAUUAAUCCGUCCACGCUUCCGUGACGCCAACAUCGAGUACAUUCAGAUGUUCGUGACCUGUAACGCCACCCUUCUGACUACCGUUCUCCUUUGGGACAAGGUGCGCCGAUCGCUCGAGUGGGAUCGGGUUUGCGACGGAAAGUUGGAACUGUACUACACUGGCGUUGUGGCCGUCCUGUACUACAGUGCGUCGUUCGGGAUGCUAGCCUGUUACAUCGGCUAUUACAAUCCGCGAACGAAUAUCGAGGCCGGGCUGGUCGGAAUGUUGGCCAGCUUUGCCUACGGAUACAACUGGUGGCUGUUGUACCGGGAGCAGGUUCUGAGUCGAUUACGGAUAGACUGUGCGGAGGAAACUAAUCGAUCGCGGCAGAAGGAACAGGAAUUGGUUUAAUAUAUUGAUUUUAUCUUAUCACAUAGAUAACGGAUAUUUGUGGACAAAUUAUGGCUGAGUGUGUUGAAAGCAGUACAUAGUCGAACCAGUGACUGGUUUAUAGGAAUGUAUGUAAACAGUCUCUGAUACUAAUAAUAGGAAAAUAUCUAUCAAUUUACCAAAGGACAAGUAGAAUUUCGCAACAUACAUUAUGUUUAACAAAAGUUAAAUACGAUUAUAGGAUGUAUACAGAAGUUCGGCAAGUUUUUGUUAAAUUCGUUAUGGAAUUUACGUCUCAUCAGAAUCCGACACUAACUUAGUGACGGGACUAAGCUAGCUCCAAAACGAAGACUCUUUGUUGUUUAAUAGAUCUUAAUUUUGUAAAAUUAGAUUUACAUGGUAAUUAUCUCCUUAUAUGUUUGUUCUCCCUUUUUCUAACUCUCCGAAACUCGCGUCAAUAUCACAUUCAGACGACCGCUUAAUGAUUCGCAAAGAAUAAAGUUAGUGUGGGUGCCCCGUACGUUACGAAAUAUAAAAUUUGUAGCCAAACGUUGACUCUCACUGCGUAUUAGAAUUCUUCCAAACGUACUUUUCAGCUAAAUAUAAUAUUUUUUUCAAAAAAAAAGAUGAAGUACGAAGAAUCGUCCACUGACUCAUCACCAUGUACC